UAUUAGUGCAUUCUUUUUUUUGAGUAAUAAUUUAUUAACAUCAUCAUCCAAGAUAAAAAUUCAAUUUGAACGAAAGAUGUAUUUUUAGGUAUAAAUAUUUACCCCAGUUUUUUCUUCUUUUUCUUGUGUGAACUGUUAGAUAUUAUAUGUUGAAUUUUGUGAUUUUAUAAAAAAAAAAAUAAAAUACAUUUAUAUAAUUUUUGUAUGAUUUUAUUCUUUAAUUUCAUCGAUUCUUUUCAUCACAAAUUGUAAACAAUUCCGGUACCUUUUAGUACCAAGCACCAAACCUUGACAUUAGAAAACCUUAACAGCAAAUUAAUCGAUUCUAACAAAACGAUGCAGUCUUUUUGAUGAAAAAAAGAAGAUGGGUCAACGCUGUUUUAAGUGUUGCACAAAACGAAAAAGAAAAAUACAAACAGGUGGCUCAAUCUUAGACCGUGUAAUCAGCCAGGCAAGCAACAAAGAUCAAUGUUUAUUAUACAAAUUAGCAAAUUAUAAAAAAGGUGACAAUAAAAACUUACAAAAACAAUUUCAAUAAAAUUAAUACUUUUUAGGUGGUGAAUUAAUCGACGCUUACACAAUCGGUGGUCAAACAGAAAUCGAAAAAUUACUCAAAGACCAAUUUGGCCAAUUCAUGUACCAAGAAGGUAAAGGUCAAAUAAUAAACAGAGCUGAAUACCUAAGAUGGAAAUUUCGCGAUCACGAACAAGUUACAUUACCAAUCGAGGCUUCCUUAAGCCCUCACGAUCCUCUGGCGAAAUGGGAAGAUCACGAAGCUUGCUGGCAAAUGCAAUUUAGAGGGUCUUUAGGCGAAACCCUUAUUCACGUGCUCAUCAUCUGCGAUACAAAAAUCCACACCCGUUUAGCUAGAACCUUAAUAAAAUGCUUUCCUAAACUUGCCUUAGACAUCGUCGAAGGCGAAGAAUAUUUAGGUGCGAGCGCUUUACAUUUAGCGAUUGCAUACAAUAACAACGAGUUGGUUCAAGAUUUAAUUGAUGCUGGAGCUAAUGUUAAUCAACGAGCUGUUGGUAGUUUCUUUUUACCGAGAGAUCAACAGAAACCAAAACCAGCAAAACACACCGAUUAUGAAGGUUUAGCUUAUUUAGGCGAGUAUCCUUUAGCUUGGGCUGCUUGUUGCGCUAAUGAAAGCGUUUAUAAUUUAUUACUCGAUGUUGGUGCUAAUCCUGAUUUUCAAGAUAAUUUUGGAAAUAUGAUAUUGCAUAUGGUUGUUGUUUGCGAUAAAUUAGAUAUGUUUGGAUAUGCUUUGAGACAUCCUAAACUUCCUGCAAGUAACGGAAUAAGUAAUAAAGCUGGUUUAACUCCUUUAACCCUUGCUUGCAAAUUAGGUCGCGCUGAAGUAUUUCGAGAAAUGUUAGAGUUAUCAGCAAAAGAAUUUUGGAGAUACAGCAAUAUUACAUGUUCAGCUUAUUCAUUAAAUGCACUAGAUACGCUUCUUCCAAAUGGAAUGACCAAUUGGAAUUCAGCUUUGUUUAUUAUAUUGAAUGGUACAAAACAAGAACAUUUAGAUAUGUUGGAUGGUGGAAUUAUACAAAGAUUAUUAGAAGAGAAAUGGAAAACUUUUGCUCGUAAUCAAUUUUUAAAACGACUUUUAAUCUUGAUGAUUCACCUCCUAUUUCUUUCUUCUGCGAUCUAUUUAAGGCCGGACGAUCCAGAUAUAAAUUUAUUAUCGCCUCCAGUAGAUCCAACAGAUUACGCAAGAUAUAUUUGUGAAACUUGCACAAUUUUAUGCGUUUUAAGUUAUUUGAUUUUUCAACAAGGAGAUGAAAUUCGUAAUCAAGGGUUUUUAGCGUUUCUAAAGCAACAGUCAAAUUCACCACCAAAAACAAUUUUUUUAAUUUCCAAUAUUUUAAUUUUGGCUUGUAUACCAUGUCGAUUAAGUAAUGACAGACAAUCAGAAGAGGCUAUUUUAUGUUUUGCUUUACCUGGAUCUUGGUUUUUAUUAAUGUUUUUCGCUGGUGCUGUACGUUUAACUGGACCAUUCGUAACGAUGAUUUAUAGUAUGAUAACGGGUGAUAUGUUAACAUUUGGGAUUAUUUAUACGAUUGUUUUGUUUGGAUUUUCGCAAUCGUUUUACUUCUUAUACAAAGGAUUUCCAAACGUCAAAGGAACCUUGUAUAACAGUUAUAUUUCGACGUGGAUGGCGUUGUUUCAAAUUACCUUAGGAAAUUAUGAUUACCAAGAAUUAUCAUUGACAACGUAUCCGGGUUUAAGUAAAGCUGUAUUUGGGCUUUUUAUGGUUUUUGUACCAAUUUUAUUAUUAAAUAUGUUAAUCGCUAUGAUGGGAAAUACAUACGCUCACGUUAUCGAGCAAAGUGAAAAGGAAUGGAUGAAACAAUGGGCAAAAAUUGUGAUAACUUUAGAACGGGCAAUUCCUCAAAGUGAUGCUCAACAAUAUCUUCAAGAAUAUAGUAUAUCUUUGGGGCCAAGCGAUGAUCCCACUACGGAACAAAGAGGAGUAAUGGUAAUCAAAUCUAAGAGUAAAACUCGCGCAAAACAACGUAAAGGUGCUGUAGCGAACUGGAAAAGAGUUGGGAAAGUUACGAUAAAUGCCUUAAAAAAAAGAAAUAUGACCGGAGAAGAAAUGCGGGGUCUCAUGUGGGGGCGAGAAUCAUUAAAUACACCAAUAAAGAAAAAGGGAGCUCAAAAUGUUAAUACAAACCAAACCGAUCAUCCAGGAGCUUUCAGUGGGGCUUUAACAGCAGCUUUAGAUGUUAUGGCAUUCACCCAAGAUUUAAAUUUAACCCAAUCGCUUAAUGAGCAACAACAAAAAUCGUUAAAUCAACAAAUCCCUAAACAAAAUCAAGGAGACGUUUGUUUAAAUAAUCAAAUUAAUGCAGUUAUAUCAAGCGGAGUUAAAGAACUUUCAGCAACCUCGAUUUUUAAUCCGUUCACGCCUUUAAUAAAUGACGCAACGAAUGAAAAAGAAAUUGAGACAAAUCAAAAUGUGGUUAAUGUAGAAAUUGAUCCCUUACGAGAACUUGUUUUAUGUUCGAAAAGUAAAUGUGAACGGGAAAAAUUAGAAGAUUUAGCCACAAAAGCUGCGAAUAUCACCAAUGUUGAAGAAAUAACAUUGAAGAAUCCGGUUAGUGUUAAAAAUGUGGCUGGGAUUUUUGCUGGAACAGAAGCGUUUGUAAAGAAAGUUGAAGCUACGAUUAAACAAAAAUACUCUACGUUAGAGCCGAGUGAUAGUGAAGGAUUCGGAGAGGUUCCUUUAUUGGGUAGGAUUUCAAGAACGCGUCGUGCUAAAUCAGCAAGCACACGAAACUCUUCCAGUAAAUCAAAAUCGUCGGAUAAACGUCUUUUAUUUCACAAUUCCGAGUCGAGUUCAUCUGAAACGAUUACGAAUGCAGCGGUAAAAGAUGAAGAAGAAAAAUCGGAAGAUAAAUUAGAUUACGCUGAAGAACGUAUUAAACAAGUUAAAGAAUCUUUAAAACAAUGCGAAUGCGUCGAAAGUUUAAGACCCUAUAAUAUUGAUGUUGCUUUAGGAGCCGAUAAAUUAAUAGUUGCGCUUGUUGAAGAUGUUGGGAAUGAAGUAAAACGACCCGGGAAAAGGCACAAAAGAAAAAAGAGACCGAAAACUGCUGGCCAUGGAAAUAGAGUUGCCCCAACAGUUGAUGUAAUGCCAAGAAGUUGUGAAUCGGCAAAUAAUAAAGUUUAUUCUGACGAACCAGAUUCGCCACCGGAUCCGUUAGAACCUUGGAGUACGCGAGGAAUUGCAAAUAUGAAUAAGAUUUUAGCAUGGGAGAAUGAACACGAUAGUAUGUAAAUUGUAAAUAUUUCAUCUAAAAUAAAAAUCAUUCAAAGAUGUCAGGUG